AUGGCUGUCCAAUUGCCUGAGGUGCCAAUGCUGAGAAUCUUCUCUUUCCUGGACGUGUGCAGCCUGCUACAGGUUUCCCAAGUGAACAGGUACUGGAAUGAGGUUGCAGAGACAGAUUCCCUAUGGAGAAACCUGUGUGUGAGGAAGUGGAGCUUCUGCAACUUUUCACAUCAGUGCUUGGGAACAAAGACAUGGAAGCAGUUCUUCCUCACCCAAACAAAGCAGGAGCGGCGGAUGGCACUGGCACAGCCAGAGGACUUUAACUGCAAAGAAGCAACAGGAAACCUCGGAAUCUUAGGACCUAUGGCUUAUCUGUCAGGAAGUGGCCACACAAUGGAUGGACAAGAGAGGUCGGUCAUUUGUACCGUGUCUUCCAAACGCAUGUUGUAUGCCUGGGAUGUGCAACAGGGCAUUAUGAUCUGGUCAAGCCCAGUCCAAAAGUCUAGAAUCAUGAACCUCACAACCCUCCCUCAGAUGCACCUUGCGUUCACUGCAGAUUUGGAGGGAACUGUCAAAGUGUGGAAUUGUCAGGAUGGGGAUGCUCUGGCUACUUUCAACAUGCCUCGGGCCAGUUUCUCCUUGGAAGCUUGCCUUACUAAGUAUGGUUCAUUUCUUAUGGUGGGCAACGCUGACGGUGACAUCUACACAUUGACAGUACCUGAAUUAAGGAGCAUUUCUCAAGUUAAUGCAUUUAAAUACAGUGUUGAUUUUCUUCACUUCUCCCCUGAUAAGAAUUGGCUGUUUGCAUGUGGGACACAUCAGAACAUCUUGCCAAGGGUGUUUUUCACAAAAGCCUGCUGGGCUCCGAGAAGGCCAAACCGGAUAACACUAAUGUUCCGAAGGGACUCUUUCAAAAAGACAGGAUUCACCACCUUUGAUCUAACAGCUGUGAAGAAUGGGGACCGUUUUGUCAUCCAAGCAAACCAGAUUGCCAGUUUCCUGUUGCCAUCUCACAUGGAGAAUCCUGUUUGGAUGGGAGUCAGCGAUGGAAAUAUGAUUGCCUUUGAGAAUGGGCCAUACCUGUUUCUCUUCACCAUCAAUGGCCUCCUGCUGCAACGAUUUGAGAAUCACCGGAGGACCAUUGGCAACUUGUGGGCGGAUUCUGUCCACAUCCUUACCACAUCCACGGAUGACUCUCUGCAUGUAUACAUGUGGGAAGAAGAAGGACAUUAUCCAUACCUCAAAAGCUGCUGUCACCUGACACAGAAAGAGAAUGAUAAGACUCCAAGCUGCUAUGUCUCCAAAGCAAUAUGUGAUAAUGUGAGCAUAGUAUGUGUGGUGUCAAGAAUUCGUGGAUCCAGCAUUCUGGUGAUGUAUUCUUUGAAAAUGUAA